AGAGCGGACCGUUGUGCGGCGCGAGCUAGCCCCCAGCGACACAACAUCCCCACUGGGACGCCGAGUUGUCGCCGCGCGUGGUGCACCUCUGCCCCCGGACCGAGGGGCUUACGCGACGCGCAAAACACACCGGCACAUUCCCGAAGUGACGGGGAGACUCCAUUUUUCGUAUGCGGCUGCCCGGGCUAGCGGAGAGCUAGCGGCUAGGCUAACUUUCCCCUUGGCUAGGCGGACGGGAGCCGCGGAGCGAGCGAGCCUGCGACAAACUGCCCCCCUCCGACGGAACUUUCGUUGACUGCGAACGAACUCCCAGCGUUACUCUGCCCCCUGCGAUUGCAGCAUGCUGAUGGUGGGAGGCAAUGGACGGAGGCACUAGAAUGAGUGUGAAGGAGCUGUGUGCUACCGAUGACCUGGCCACCGGCUUGGUGCUGGACCCCCUGCUGGGCUUCACCACCCACAAAAUGAACAUCAGUCCCCAACCAGUGAUCCGGCGGUGGGGCAACCUCAAAGAGACCCUGUUGCGAUUUCAGCGUACGCACGACUUCAAUGCCACGUUUGAGGCACUGACGGUGGGCGAACUGGCUGGUGACUACUUCAGUGCUUUGGGAAACCAUCGACAGGAACUGCUGAGACAACAUGUGUAUCGCUACCUCAGUGCCUUCCUGUUGGAUAGCGGCGUGAAAAUCGAGUCCUGCGAAAGAUACUCAUCAGAGACCAACGGGGCAAAGAUAACUUCAACGAGGCAAUGGUUUGCAGGAGAGCGGGUGGAGGUCCUGCUGGGAUGCAUAGCAGAACUGAGCCCCACCGACAGCGCUGUGCUGAGGGCAGGAGUCAACGACUUCAGCGUGAUGUAUUCCACGCGCAAACGCUGUGCUCAGCUCUGGCUUGGACCUGCAGCUUUCAUUAACCAUGACUGCAAACCAAACUGCAAGUUUCUCCCUGGUGAGAAGAAUAUCGCCUGUGUUGAAGUGAUACGACCAAUCUCACCCGGGGAAGAGAUCACGUGUUACUAUGGUGCCAGCUUUUUUGGUGAAGGCAAUGAAAUGUGUGAAUGCCGCACCUGUGAGAGGAACGGAGAGGGUCACUUCAGACACAAAGGGAAACAGCCUGAAUGUGAGGAAACAAAGGACGCCGUGGGCCAGAAAUACCGCCUGAGAGAGCGAUAUCUCCGUCACCACAGAGAGAAGGGUCACCUUCCUACAAGGCCGGUCAUACCAGGAAUACACUCAGGUAUCUUUAAAGCCAUCCCCUCAAGGAAUUCCUUCACCCAGCAGAUGAGGAGAAACGCCCUGAAGAACAGAAAAUUGAGUCAAACAAAGAAGUGGAGACGAGCGAAACAGAGACGGUCGGGGAAGUGCCCGUUGAAAUCCUCCACAGUCAAACAGUGUCGGACAGUUGCGCUUUUGUCCCAAGUUCCACUGAGGGACCUCAGAAUCCGAGUGCGGCGCCACUCGGUGGAUUUCUUACUCAACUGUAAGGAUCCGAAAAGCAAAGAGAGGGCCGUGCUGCAAAAGCUGGAGGAAGUGAAGCCAGAAGAUAACGGGCUGAACGAACUGAAUUCCACCAGUGUUGAAAACAACAGCAGCGAGGUCAGCUUGAAGCCUUUCACUCUAAAUUCCUCAAUGUCGGAUCAGCAGAAAAGUAGACCUGCGGUAAACAACGCAGGUCUAAAUGGGAACUCUGUUAAAGUGGUGGACACGAGGGCCGUCCACACGAGGACCUCGUCGAGAACAAGGAGUAUGGUUCACGCCAUGCAUGCACAUCAAACUGGGCCCAGCAACACGGAUAACACUACGACUGUGUCUAACCCUGUUGAGUCUGACAAAACCUGCAGUGCAAUAAAACAAGAGAGGAUUGAAAAGGCAAUCGCAGAAAGUCAAAGCAACAAGUGCAGCGGCGGCGAAUCCUGCGCCGUCGAUGCGGCUCAAAGUCCAGCUGCUGAGCAAACCAUGCAAAAGACCAUCAGUGCAACGUCUCUAUUAGAAGUGUGUCAGAGUGUCACGGGUGGAUCGAAGAAAGCUCGGGACAAUCCACUGAAAUCACUGAAGCAAUACCUUACUGUCAACCUAACAAGGUUAUCAGUGUCACAAAGUGUAGAAGCAGAAAAGAAGCCUGAAGAUAGGACAGCGAGAACGGAGAUGAGAGGAAGGAGCAGGCAGAGCCAGUGUCCUAGACCAGCGACUCUGACAGUACAGCCAGAGAGAAGAGUGUCCAGGUCUCAGCAGAAUCAGGGAGAGGCAUCAGAGGUCUGCACAGCUGAAGGUAACAGAGGGGUGAGGGAAAUGUAUUUUAAGGCCACCGAUAGAAUUAACCUUAGGAAGCGACAUGCGAGUGAAACUGUGGGUGAUACAUGCCACAGCGAGAAAAGGGGGAACGACAAAGUUAUUGAAAUACAAAUGGUGUCGGAAGAAGAAAAGUUUUGUGUACCAAAAGAGCAGCAGGACAUUGUGAAAGGCAAAAUUGUAGGGGAGAAAGAAAAGAGAAAUACCCCAGCUACGGUUCAGGAAUGUGAAAGUAUCAGAGUCCUGGACGAAGUGAAAGAGUCUGAAUGUAAAACAGUGUCCAGUGAGAAAAUUACGGAUCAAAAUAACGUCCAGUGUGUUAAAAAUAUGAUUCAGGACGCAUGUACAGAGGAGGGAGUUGGUAAACUCUCAGAACAAUUGGAAAGUAGCGUGAGUAAACAUCCGCCAAGCAGGCAAAAAGAUGUUGUCAUAAAGCAGGCAAAGGUUCUGCUGUCCGAUAUUUUAAGAAGAGAUAAACCCUCAGUAGGUAAGAGUUUACAGGAAGAUACUGUAGGAAGAAGGUUAUCUAUGCGAACCUCUAAAGCAACGGAAAGUGUCGAGGGGGAAGUAGGACAGAGAGAAAUAAAUGGCGUGAUAAGACGAAAGAUGAGGCCUAGAGCAGCGAAAACGAAAGCAGAAGAUAAACAAAACACCAAGGGACACUUAGGCAAAGAAGUUCCGGUUACAAUAAAAACUGAGUGGAUCGAGGAUAGUUUGCAUCUUCAGUCGACACAGAGGCAUGAUGACCCACUGGCCACCUGCCUCGGCCCACUACCUCAUAAGUCACUAGUUUCAGCGAAAGCUGCAAAUAACGUGCAUCCAGAAGCCAACUCACAGGCACACAUACAGUCCAACAUACCUCUGAAGAAACGUACGUUUCGCAGCUCUGUGGAAAUGCACCCCGAACAGGGUUUGAAUUCUGCUUCCGAUCAGGCUUCUAAUGAAGCCACUGAGUUGAAUUUGUCUGCAGUUCUGAGGCAGAACUUGACCCCGUGUUCGGGCGAGAGUAUCAAAGUUAAAAGAGAGACUAAGAGAAGAUUAAGAAGCACGGAACUCCAGAAGUUAGACGCCAAAAUCCUCACAAAACAAAGCUCAUUGAACAGAGUGCUGCGCCCCAGAGCUAAUGAAAUUCAGCGAGGCUAUUUAUCGAGGAAGGUCCGAAGGUGUAAACUUGAGAGGCAAGACGAUGACAUCGACAGAGCUCAGGCACUAGAGAGUUAUAAACUUGCUGAGGACAAACAAUCUGAAUAUCCUCCUAAGAUCCAAGAGCAUUGCGGUAAAAUGAGAACUUCACAGAGAUUUCUAAAGAAAGAUGAGGGGGAAACAUUUAUCCAACAGAGUGAUCCGGAGGAUACGAAGCCUGGCCUUAAUUUUAAGAUUCGUUUCAAAAGGAGAAGAGGGAGAGUAUGGGAGAUGCAAAGUGCAGGACUUGAAAAUAUUGCAUUAAAACCAGAAAGGGGAGACGAGUUGGUGACAUGCGAUCCUUUCAAAGCCAUCAUGGAUUCUGUAACAGUUUUAAACAUGGAGAUGGAGGCAGCACAGGCCCAUGUACAGGCGAGUAAGAAGUCAAAAAGCAGAUUGCACCGUUUGAAAAGAAGAGGCCAGAGGUUGUGUGCAAGGCAACCUGAAAACGUUCCCUCAGAAGCAAAAUUAGAGAAAGACCAAGACCUUGAAAGUGCAGAAAAUGCACGUGAAACCAGUGUACAGACUGGUGACGAAGUCAAAACCAAACCAAAGCUUGAUGAGGGGCUCCUGGCUGGAGUCAAGCAGCUGCCUGAAAAAAAUGAGUGUCAGGAAAUUGACAGGAAGACUUUGUUAGGUGAAGUUCUUGAAACAAAAGUUGAAGAUCGUUUUGUGAGGAAUUGCUGCUUGUUUGAAAAUGGGUCACAACAGAAACAGGAGCCAGAAUUUGAUUCAAAUGGUCUUUCGUUACCAACAAUCAAGCUACGCAGAAAGACAGAGGAUAUUUGGGAGGUGGACAGCAAAGAGGAGCUUUUACAGGCAGCAGAGCUUAAAGUCGAGCCCAAAGUUGAGAAAGAGACGAAGGGUCACGUUUUAGGGAACCAAAAGAAAGAAUGUUUUGAGUUAGGCAAGUUUAAAGUAGAGUGCCCAUCCUCUCAGAGACCGAACAACUCAGCCCUUAUGAAAACAGAACCGCCACCAUUCUCCUUAUCUCUGUCACCACUGUCCCUGUCCUCCCCACUUAAUGACAAUAAAAAUGAAAAUAUAUUCUCGGAGGCAGAUAAAAUCAGUGAAAGGCCAGAGAUCAACAGUGGUGGAAGGAAACAGAGGCACAAAAUGGAGAGAACGCGCAAGUGUGGGCCUCUUGAAACACCCACCACUUGUCUUAGUCACACUCUCCAGCAAAUUGACAACAGUCUCUCCCGGCUCUCCGAAGGCUUAUGUUCAUCUCACACUUUGGAAAAGCCAACGACCAGUUCCAACGCUUCGUGCUCCGUCAUCCAGCCCCCGUCCCAGUUUCCUCCGUUCACGACUGCAGAUAACAUGCUCUCCAGUGACCCCAGCUUCACGAACUGCUGCGACGAUUUACUGGACUUUCAGUGUCUCAACUUUGAAGGGUAUUAUCAGCCGCAGAACAUCCUUCCAUCUUCUCCCUCCGAUCUGUGUUCACUGGAUCCACCCACAGAUCCCUUCAGCAGUCCCCUCUCCCACAGCCCGUCUGAUACGUGGACCACUGAGACGCCGUACCUUGGCCCUCCCAGUCCAGGAAAUAACUUCACCAGUGAGGAUCUGCAGUUUUUUCCAGGGCUAAUUUCUUCCAAAGUUGACUCUGUUCCCCUGGAAUGUGAAGUGAAGGAUACCUCCAUGAACAGAAACCCUCCCAAUCCCAGCUUUAGUUUCUCAGCUCUUAACAACGACUUUAUUGUUAAGGAUCGAAGCACGAGUAAAAAUCUAGGAAUGAGGCUGUCCAAAGAAGACUUCAAAACUCAGUCUUUGUCUGCAGUCGGCAAGCCCCGGUUGUUUAGUGCAACAUCAUCCUCUGUUACAGCUCAAUAUCCUGUUACUUUAACGCAGCCCUCCGUGUACGGCAAGCCGAACGCCAUGCAGUCAAAAGGUCAGACUCCCCUUAAAACCCAGGGCCCCUUUCAUCGUAUGGCCAUGCCUAGUAAACCUCAGUCCUUUUCAAGUAGUAGUCAGCCAAACACAGUUAGAGGAGUGUCCCAGAGUUACUUGACAAAGUCUGUUCCAUCACCUCAAAUGUCCAACAAACUCCUAUCGCCUCAGCUCUUCACUGUGAAAAAUCCCAAUCCUCCAGACAAUCCAUUCAACUUCCACGAGAAAACCUCUUCAGUUAUUCACAGGGUGCUCAAGUUUCAGGGGGGCAACCCGAGUCAGAAUUUGUACAGUGCACCUUGUAAAGACACCAUGGCUGCUGGCAGCCCGACCAUUGCGUCCAGAACACUCGGUACAAAAUCAAGUGCAAUAGAGAAAACCCAUCAGAGUCAGAAACUUGGUUUCAGUACAGACGGCCAUCACAAGGGUGGCAUGUCUGUUCAUGGUUUUGGAAAAGAUGUCAGCCAUCUUGUUUCCUCCGGCAACCCCAACAGGUCCAGCCCACAUUUCCACAAAGCAAAUGCCUCUUUUUCUCAGUCUUUUAGUAAAAGUAAGAUGUCAUCUGAUAAACAUGAAACCGGAGAAACCAACACGGCGUACAAAAACUUUUCGGCGAUGCCGCGGCCCUUCUUCUUUCCGAGCAAAGUGUCCGACAGUCAUUCAUCACAACAGGACAAGAGUUUUAGACACGAUAAAUCCACUCUGUCCAACUCAGACAAACACCAGCCGUGUUACACUCAGCAAGACCCGUUUGAUUUCAGCUUUGGCUCGUCCCCCUCGCCCAUGCCUCAGCACAACAGCACCCAAGCGAUCCACAGUACGCCGCCUGGUACGCCAGCACCAGCACACAAGAGCCAGUCCUCGGCCUCCUCAGCCUCUUUCCCCUACGGCUGUCAAGGUCCUCCUUACGUAUUGAACUUCAGCGGCGACCAUUCAUUGACCCUGGGUCUCAGGGAUGGGGUCGACGGUUACCCAGGACUCGGCUCGACGAACUACACCUACCAUUGCUUGAUGGAACCUUCGGGCACACAGGGGCGGCUGGUUCUUGAGCCCUGUGGGCCGCAGCUUUCUAACCCAGCGUCUUUUUCCUUGGGUGGAUUUUCAGGGCACAAAGGUCAGGACGAACAUUGCCGGAAGGACAUGCAGCAGCAGUUCCAGCCUGGGGAACACCAAGGUGCACCACACUACGGAUCUGUUCCAACGUCUCACUCCAUGGGUGCCACGAAACCCAAGCGCGUGAGGUUGGUGGUGACAGACGGCACAGUAGACUUAGAUCUCCAGUACUCGGACUGAUUUAUACCCCGUGGAGUCAUUGCAUACACUUGGAUCUUUUUGCUCAAAGAUGUUUUUUGUAAACAUGGUUAAUUCAUUGUCUACCAGUUAUUAAAGCCCACUGAUUGACAUUUUUCUAAAUCAUUAUUUUGAUGGACUGUUAAUCUUUGAAUGACUUGUACAGGGUUUUAUGUAAAGCUGAUGUUUUAGCUACCGUAUGAGUUUUUAAAAAUGACAACAGCCUCUACAUAUUUGCUGACAAUACCAAAUUCAAGAAAACAAAGCAGUAAGUAUAUUUGCGACGAGGAGUUUGUUCCUCGUGGCCCUGUAAAACACUGAACGCCCUCUUACUGUACUGUAACAUAGUUGUAUGAAUCUUUCUGUACCGCGUACGGCCGUAGAGACGACAGCGCCGCCGUUAGCUGCUGGUGCUCGUGUUGGUGGGUUUUAAACAAAAAAGGCAGCUUUGUGCCGCAAGUCUUUGAUAUGUUUUCGUGACUUCUUGAAGUACCUGUUUGAAACAGUCCACCCUCGUUUUUUAAUCGCCCACAUUAGGAUCUUUUUCUCACUUUGUGUGUGUGUUAAAAGUCCGUGCGAGCGCGUGCAUGCAUUGGGCAGGCCGGUCGUGAGGGAUCAAAGUAUGGUGUGUUUUCGCACCCGAAAGCGCGACGCUUGCCCUGCCAGAUUUACGUUAGGUCGUUAGUCUUUAGUGCAAAUAUGAAAGGUUCGUGCAUGAACAGUGUAAAGUAAAGACCUAAAAGAAUAUAUAUUCUAAACACUUCUGGGGUGAAGACGUGUGAUGUGAUGUUUUUUUUCACAGCUGCUCUGGACAACUGCAAGAAAUUGUUUAUUUUUAUUUUUUAUUAUUUUAUGUUUAUUUUCUCAGGCCAGUUGUGCUUAAUGGAUUGAGGGAUAGUACAAUAGAGCCAUUUGGUAUUACAUCAUGAAAAGUGACAAUCUUCUCGCAGAGUAACUCACUUUUGCCAUUUAUUUGUCGUCGUUUUUCCAGGAAAGAGCAGGAGAAUUAGUCUUGCGACACAUUCACAGGUGUUUAUAUUGUAACCAUAGUUAUUUCCACGUUCUUCUGUUCUGUACGUCGAACCCGUUCAACGUCGAUGGGCGGGAGUGUUCCGUGUGACUGCACAGCCUUACAUUACUUACCCUGAAAAUGUACUGUCUCCAUAUGGAAAGGCCAAUUAUUUAUUUUAAUAUCCUCAUUCUUGAAAUGGUGCUUAAUGUAAUUUAUAUUUCACAUUGAUUGUUCAAAAAAUAUUACAUGUUUUUAUUAUAAUUUAAUGGGACAAAAUAAUGAACUAAAUAUUUACAUUGACUAUUUAAUUUCAAAGCCUUUGACAUCCAGUGUUUUUUUUCCAGUUGUUACAGGUAAAACUUUCGCUGUCCUCUUUUCUAAUUGGCAGGUAGUCUUACUGAAAGUCUGCUGUAGAAAUGUACAAAUGUAGCCUAUAUCAUUAAAGACACUUAAUUCGU